AUGGCAACUUCUGACUACUUAGCCAAGAAGGGUCGUGUACGCAGCGAUUAUGGCUAUCAUCAAGUCCACCAAACAAGAUGGUUCGACAAUGACAUGUAUGCUCAUCUGAACAAUACUGUCUAUACCGCCCUUUUCGACACCAUUGCCAACUCUUACCUGAUCGAGGCCUGCGGCAUGAAUCCCUUCAGCGUCAACAACCCCACUCCUAAGAGCCAAGCUGGCCAGCCAUCCAAUCUAUCAGUUGGCGCGGAUCAGAUUGGUCUGAUUGUUUCAACGCACGCGGACUUCUUUGCUUCCGUUGCAUUUCCCGAUAUCCUUGAGGUCGGGUUACGAGUUGCUAAAUUAGGGUCAUCGAGCGUGACAUGGGAAAUCGGGGUGUUUCGGAAGGGCGAGGAAGAUGUGAAGAUGGUCGGAACUUAUAUCCAUGUUUUUGUUCUGCGGGAGACAAUGCGAGUGGGCAAGGGUGGCAUGGAGGAUAAGGUGCGCAAUGGGCUCCAGAAGUUGCUCAGUAAACCGGAUUCGAAGCUGUGA